AUGGCUACCAACAUCACCUUCCACCCUGGCGCCGUCACGCUCGACGAGCGCGCCGAGCUCCUCGGCCAGCGCGGCGCGACUAUCUGGUUCACCGGCCUCUCCGCCUCCGGCAAGAGCACCAUCGCCACCGCACUCGAGCAGGCCCUCCUGCACCGCAACCUCCACUCGUUCCGCCUUGACGGCGACAACAUCCGCUUUGGUCUGAACAAGGACCUCGGCUUCGACCCCCAGAGCCGUGUCGAGAACAUCCGCCGCAUCGGCGAGGUGUCGCUCCUCUUCGCCUCCUCCUCUUCCCUCGCCCUCACGGCCUUCAUCUCGCCCUACGCCGCCGACCGUGACCUCGCGCGCUCCCUGCACGCCAAGCACAGCCCGCCGCUGCCAUUCAUCGAGGUGUUUGUCGACGCUCCCCUCGCUGUUGUCGAGCAGCGCGACCCCAAGGGGCUGUACGCUAAGGCACGCGCAGGCGAGAUCAAGGAGUUCACGGGUAUCUCGGCGCCAUAUGAGGCGCCGCCUAACCCCGAGAUCCACAUCAAGACUGACCAGGUUGACGUCAAGGGUGCCGUCGAGAUCGUCAUCAAGUACCUCAUUGACAACGGAAUCAUCAAGGCGUAGGCUGGGGUUGUAAGAGAGAUGUAGAGAUAGAGCAUGUACAUGUCC